GAACCAGCUGUCGUCGGAGAAGUAAAAAACAAACAGAAAAAGCAGUUUGCUCUACAGCUGCAGUUCGGAGGUGUAAUUUUCGCGAAUUUCACCGCAAAUUGUGGGUCAGGCUUCUUUGCUGCCUACCGAGAGAGCGACAGAAGUCCGGAAAGGAUCCGUGACCGUGAGCGAGUUGAAGGACUUUCUGAUCGGUGCAAAGCACCAAUACCGUGAACAGCGCGAUCGCUUCCGGAGCAAUCAAUAAUUUAGUGGCCCGAGCAGCAAACAACAAACACAACCUCAACCAUGGCGUUCGCCGGUCUCAAGAAGCAGAUCAACAAAGCCAACCAGUACAUGACAGAAAAAAUGGGAGGCGCCGAAGGCACAAAGUUGGACAAUGACUUCAUGGAAAUGGAAAGGAAAACUGACGUUACAAAUGAGCUGGUAGAGGAGCUCCAGAUGAAAACCAGGGAGUACCUUCAGCCAAACCCCAACGCCAGGGCCAAGAUGGCUGCAGUCAAGGGCAUUUCAAAACUCAGCGGCCAGGCUAAGGCCAACACCUACCCUCAGCCUGAAGGCGUCCUUGGAGACUGCAUGGUCACCUAUGGCAAGAAGCUCGGAGAAGAUUGUCAUUUUGGCGCAGCGUUAGUGGAAUUUGGAGAAGCUCUGAAGCAGAUGGCUGAUGUCAAAUACUCUCUUGACGACAAUAUUAAACAAAACUUCUUGGAGCCCCUGCAUGCCUUGCAGAUGAAGGAUCUAAAGGAAGUCAUGCACCACCGCAAGAAGCUUCAGGGCCGACGACUGGACUUUGAUUGCAAGAGGAGAAAACAGUCGAAAGGUUGUCAUUCAGGAGUGCGAAGGGGUCCCAAUCUUGGACCCGGUCCAUAUGGAUCGUCUACAUCCAGUCCAUAUGGCAGCCCUGCUCGCAGCCCUGUUCCUCCUGGUUUUGGCUCUCAAAUUCCAGAUGAUGAUAUUAAACAUGCUGAGGAGAAGUUUGCAGAAUCGCUUCAUCUUGCCCAACUUGGGAUGUUCAAUCUUCUUGAAAAUGACGUUGAGCAAAUUUCACAGCUGGCCACAUUCGCAGAGGGUAUGCUUGAGUACCACCAACAGUGCACAGAAAUCCUAAAAGUCCUCAACGAAACUAUGCAGGAAAAGAGAGAAGAAGCAGCAGAGAGACCAAAGGCAGAGUUCGUGCCAAAAACCUUGGCUGAUCUUAGCAUCGAGCCUAUCAUGGACGGACUCAAUGUGAUGCCCGGACGCUCUCCAUUCCACUCCCCUGCGUCUACCCCGGUACAUCAGCCUAACUCGCUGCUCUUUGCCAACAACUCAGACAACGCACAUUCCAAGGGUACUACUCCCUCCCAGGAUGAGGGAUAUCAAGGCUCUUCUCAGCAUACCUCACCCGUGCUUAAUAAGCCUAAUCAAUUGGAGCUGGGAGCUUCUGAGCAGCAAGCCCGCUCCAAUGCUGCCUCACCACUGCCGUCGCCAAUGCGCAGUCCAGCCCGGACUCCGAUGAAUCAAACUCCGUGCUGCAAGGCCCUGUACGACUUUGAUGCACAGAACCCUGGAGAGUUGGAAUUCAAGGAGGGUGAUAACAUUACACUGGUCAACCGUGUGGACGAGAACUGGUACGAGGGCAGCGUCAACGGCAAGACAGGCUACUUCCCUCAAAACUACGUUCAGGUGGUGGUACCUCUGCCCUAAGCAUCCACCCACUGGCAGCAGCUCCGUGCUAUCCAUCAUGCGUAUUUUGAGUAAUAAUUACAAUUAACUUUGUAACCAGCAAUUUAUUCUCUGCAUAUCCCCCGGCAAACGUUUCUUCCACUUCUGAAUUCGCCUCUCUUUAAAUGGAUGUGUAUUUGAUUCGAGAAUUCCAUCCGCUCCUGAAAAAGUUCUCUCGUUGACCAAAUCAAUCCGCGUUCACAUUUGAUUGCAAUAUAUCCAAAGAUGAAAGUUUAAGCACAAGUGCUUAGCAAUUAUGUAGCAGAUAAUUACGAUAUUAGUAAAAACAAGUAGCCGUAAAGUUAAGGGAAAAGAAAAGGAGACAAAAUAUAAUCGACUAAAUCUAAGAAAAUGGAAAAAAAUAAUCCCUCUCUAAAAUGAGUAAAGCGUUGUUGAUUCAAAAGCUCUAAUUAUGUAAACUGUUAUGCAAUUUGAAAUUUCAGGCCUCAAAUUUGAGGCGGUCGAAUGCAAGCGUGCAGUUACUCUCCUCUAUCUCCGUGCUUGCCGUCGUAGUCUCUGUUUUAGAUGUUUUUUCUGGCUCGGAUUGCGCCGCUUGAAAUUUGCCGGUCUGAAGUUUUUGAAAAAAAAAAAUGAUAUCAUUCACAUACUAUACUACUAACUAAAUUACCAUAAAGCGUCAUGAAGUAAAAAUAGAACCCAGCCUGGACUGCAUUUCGACUUACUCAGUUUCCUCUUGCACUUUUUGUUUCGAGUUAAAUAGAAAACAGAAUUGUCUCGAUAGGAGAUGAUGGAUGCCGUUUUUACAGGACGAGAAUCUGGCACGGUUGCGGGAAAGUGUGUAAACUUUUCUGGCCGAGCGCUCGGAACGAAACUGGAAGAGCCGCGCUUUUAGAACCAACCAUCAUGUUUGGAGGCAAUUCUAAAAGCGUGCUUCCUCUUGAGGUGACUGCUUUUGGUAAAGUCAAGACAAUACUUAUUAUUAAUUGAUGAAAAUUGUUAUAUUAUCAUAUAGUGUGAAUACAUAAGCGGAUAUAAAUACGAUCGCGUUAUUUUUAAGACAAAGUGUAGAUUGCCCAUGUGCGUGUCAAGUUCAUUAUCUUGUAGACAGAUUUUCUCGACCAAAAGACCGCAGGCAAGCAAAAAUUAUCGGUUUUUUGGAGGACAAGAUCAAAAACUAAGCGUUCAUCAUUUGUUGUUAAUGUAUCUGUGAACACACCUCUCUCUGCCCUCACUUUAAAAAACAAAACUCUUUUUGCCAAACAUGUUGCUCUUGUGCAUGCUCCCGCUACUCCGUGUUGCAGUUUUCGAAUCUAGAUGUUAGGUGGGCUUGUCGUCAGAAAAAUAUAAAAAACCAAUUCCAACGUUUUGUUCUUGUCCGUUUUCUUUUGAUCGAAAGGCCGAACUAAAUUACAAGCAAAUCACUCUCGCCACUCCGAACGUGCACGUCUUAUAGCCUUAAAACACGAAUUAAAACAAGUGAUGAGCAACAUAGAAUGAGAUAUCGUACUGCCAUUUUAAAGUAGCAUGGCGCCAAUAACGCGCCAGUCAUUAGAUUGAGGUGAGAGCAAAGCACACGUGUGAUUUCCCUGGUUGCCUUUUUGAUCGGCAGUGAAUUGAAUUUUUAGCUUUCAUUUUAAACCAAACAAUUUUAACAAAAAUUUUAAAAAUGCCUUUUAUUUUAUUAAGGAGUUUUCCUUUAAAUUUGGUUCACUGUCAGUCGGAGGCAGAUUGAUUUGGAGUGUUGAAGAGGAAUUAAAUUGAAUUAUGAUUUGGCAUGAAAGUUGGAGACGUAGUACGAAUUUCUUUAUGCUUGUUGGUCGGUUUUAUAUAUUAUCAUGAAAUAUUUAUAUUAAAUGCACAUCCCCAUUUCACAGGCGAAAAAUUUAUUUAUAUUUCACAUUGGCUGUGAUAUGUUGAACUAAUUUUAAUUUAAAACGUGUUUGUAAGAACAGAAAGUCGCUGCUCCUUGUGGUUAGUGGUCGAUUUUCUGUUUCCGUUUGGGUAGUUAGACUACCCCCUUUUCUCUUAAUUUGGAAUAAUUUGCUGGUAGUUAGUUGUUCUUUUCUCAAUUUUCACACAAUAUUUAAAUUUAAAGACAAGCAAAAUAGGUUCAUUUAAUGGUACAAAGCCUAGCAAAACUCACUCUUAACUUUUAAAUAUAAUUAUUAUUAUUAUUGUAAAGAGGCAUCAAUAUUAUAGAAGCAAAAGCAGAGAGAUUUGAAUUUUAAAAAGAAAAAAAGGUGCAACACAUUACAAGGUUGAAUUCCAUUGAUUUCAGCCCAUCUAUAUGAAAUACAGAGAAAAUACUAUAUCAAUGUUAAGAAAAGCUAUUCGAUGUUGUUGUAGACGUGGUUCAAUUAAGCAAAAUCAACAGAUUCGUCCCCCUAUGAGAUUCAAAAUGGAUUUAUAAUUAACAAAAGAAAAUGCUGAAAAUCUUAAUAAUCACAGAGCGAUAGUUGUUCAUCUAGUUGCGACGGCUCAAAAUCUAAUUGUAAUUUAUCAAAAAUGCAAGCAAUAAAAUCAAGAGAUUAUGAAAAAUCGUCAGGGGGAUUUUCCACUCAAAUAAUCAAAUCCAUCAACGCUGCUGAACAUUCCUGUUUUUUAUAUGUAUACACGCGUAUUAUGUUUAAAUAAAUUUGAGUUGAUUCCUUUUCACUAUGAUCACUUGUUGUGUCAAAAGUCCGAUCGUGUGUCAAAACAGCACGCAGCACACUUCUUCAAAUUCACUUGUAAUUCUCAUCCGAAACUACUCAAAAGCAGUGAAAGUGAUUUUCGUGCAUCAUUCAUUCUUGCGUGCCCCAAUAAUGUUGUGUCUAAAAUGGAAUGUGCCAUACACUAUCUAUACAGCCGGUCUGAAUGAAAUGAUGAUGGAUUUGAAGAUAUGUUGCCGUGUCUGUUUAUCAUGAAUAUAUUAUUCUUUUCAUUUUCAUUGAGUGCAAAUUAAUGUGGUUUCAAACAAAAUAAAGCGUUAGAUGUAUUAAAGCAAUCAUA